GUUUGCUUUUCCGUUUGCGUGAAAUAAUUAUUUAGCACGACUAUUAGUUACGGGGAAUUAACGUAUGAGUUUUUGCGCUACACUCAGGCCAGACUUCUUCGCCUGCCUAUUCUGUGCUCGGUCCUAUUGCUGAUCAAAAUCAAGCUUUGCAGGGAAUAAUUUCAAUAUGGAAUUCGGUUGAAGCCUUCACGUAUCUUAAUGCUAUAUAAUCCAAACGACAGCCUACUAGCACCUGAUUGUAGGUCUGGGAAUGAUUAUUUCCUGAAACGAUAAUGAAUGAUUUCACAAGGCCUACUGCAUACUAUGGGCAGUCAUCGACAGUGUCGCGUAUGCAGCAGCAGUACUGGACCACCAAGCAGGCAUUCUUCCGCAAGAUUGGUCGCAAGGAAGAUGACUGCAUCAUUGCCAGCGAUGCUGAGCUUGAUGCGAAGCUCGAACUCUUCGGGGCCAUCCAGGAGUCCUGCACUAAUUUGCUGCGGGUGCUGGAAAACUACCAAGACCGCAUAUUGGCACUUAGCCAAGAAGAGAAUGCAUUGGGACGUUUCCUGAAAGAAUGUGGAAAGCAGGACAAGACCCGAGCUGGCAAAAUGAUGGGUGCAACAGGAAAGACAAUGAGCUACUCUGCGCAGCAAAGGCUGACCCUACGUGUGCCUCUGGUGCGCCUCUAUCAGGAAGUGGAAACCUAUCAAUUCCGUGCUAUUGCUGACACACUGGCUACUGUUGAGAAGAUGGAGCGGUCCAGGACAGACUACCGAGGGGCUCUGCUUUGGAUGAAAGACAUCUCGCAACAGCUGGACCCUGACACGUACAAACAGUUGGAGAAGUUCCGAAAAGUGCAAGGGCACGUGAAGCGUACCAAGAUGCAGUUUGAGAAGUUGAAACUGGACACACUACAGAAGGUGGACUUGCUUGCAGCCUCACGCUGCAACAUGUUUUCUCAUGUGCUGGCCACCUACCAGAAUGCACUGCUCUCCUUCUGGGAAAAAACAUCUACCACUAUGACUAAUGUGGCUGAAAGCUUCAAAGGGUACCAGCACUAUGACUUCAUCGUUGUCAAGGAACUCCAAGAGCCAAGUAGAAAGCUCGCUGAAGAAAUGGGCAAUGGUGAAGAAAAGGCAAGCAAAGAAGAUGGCGACAAAGACAGGAUGUUGUUCUUCGAGUCGGAGUACCACGAUGACGAAGGCAAGCGGGACGCACGAGCCAAGGACAAAAAGCGCAAGAAGAAAGAGAAACCUCCUCGGCGCGCUGGUGAUGGUGUGGCAGGCCCAGGUGGGGUAGACAGCAAGGAGGGCCCACGGUUGGACACUGACACCAAGUCCCAGAGCAGCCUGGAUGAUGUGCCCCUGCUGAGCCUGGACGAGUCUACGUCUGAGGAACGGCCCCACUUUGCCUCAGAUGCACUGCGCGACGCCGGCAAGUUGCCUCUCUGGCGAGAAGACCUGCUGACUCACAACCCCGAGAUCAGCGACUUGGAGAAGGAUGACAUGACCUUACUGUCGGAGAUCCUGGCCUCAUCUGAGUCGGUCUACCCAGCUGCUUUUGAAGCAGGAGCACCCGAGGACAGCUUUGCCCAGCAGUGGCAGACAGCCUUUGGCCACCAGCCGCCUAGUCCCCAGAAGAGCCUCUCCUUUGGUGGCUCGCUGCUCACCAAGCCUGAGCCCCUGGCCAACCCUCCAGCUGCAGCAGCCACCACGCCGCAGCCAGCUGGUGACGCCCCGUCACAGUUCCUUCCGUCACAGCUGCUUGACCUUGAAGAUGGCAUUGGAGCUCUCGAAAGCAAGGGCAUGCCGGCUGAAGCCCUAGUCCAGAGCCUGGAGCCCAUUAAACCUGUGUGUCAGGGGCCUGCUGCUGUGACUACGCAGAAAGCCCAGUCAACACCAGGACCCAUGAGCAGACCGAAUCUCAAGAAGGAUAAGAGAGACAUGUCUGCCUGGUUCAAUCUGUUUGCUGACCUGGACCCCCUAGCCAACCCAGAUGCCAUUGGGAAGAAGUCGACUGAAGAAGACCGAAACUGUUGAGAGCCCUUGAGCAUUCCGAGACGGUAGAUGCAUGUUCUGGCACCUACUCUGUGGGCAGUGUGUGAAAAGGCAGCACUGUGGAGCCACCCUGCAACAUUUGAGCCACUCAGCGACCUUCCCCUCAAAAUUUCUGGUUGUGCACAUUAAAGGAGCGGUUCAGCGUCCCUGAAUGAAUGCAACCUGUGCUCUGUAGAUGUAGUUGGUUUCUUGCAGCUGGUCUUUUAUACCUUCCUUGCAUUGUUUUCUUUUGUAUUUCUUGAUGCACCCUGGUUAAUGAAAUGUAACUGCAAGCAGCGGGACUUUGGACUUCGAUCUUCAGUAAUCUCUUCAGCAGGCUCUCUCCGUGUGAUUGCCAUGCUUGGUACUAGAAGAGAGCCAUUCACCAGGCAGUGUUAUGCUGUUGUGCAAGGCACUAGACUUGAACCAUGACAGGUUGUGGCAGACAGAAGCCUUGGUGAAUGUUAAUAAAGGUAAUCGCUGUCCAAUUUUUUCACUGUUGUACAGUCUGAAGAUUUUGUAUGCUGUGUUUUAUCUACAGAGCUGGUGUGUGUGCACAUCAUGUUGCGUGGUUUUGUGUGACACAGGUGGCUUAGGAGUAAACAAAGUACAGUUCAGUGGAGUGCACAUUCUUGAAAAUGGUGCUUGCCAUGAGCCAUUAAGAACUUUCAUGAUGUACCUACCCAGGUAGGCUUGUUUUGUGUAAAUGUGAGGGUCUAUGUGAGGGUCUAUGAGGGACAUGUUAAGGGACAUGUCUUUAAAAAACAGCCUGCUCAUCAAAUCUUAUAUAGAUCAUGGAGGUGCGUUAAUGAUUAAAGUCCUGAUUGCUGCUUUUAUGUUUUACUUUGUGAAGCAUAAUGAGUUAUUGGUGUACUUUUAUUCCAUGCGAUGUGUUAUAGUGCAAUUCCUUCCUACAUGACCUCCAAAGGUGUUUCUUCUGCAGUGUGUUGGCACUUUUGCCAGCAGUUCAGAGCGUGUGGGUAAAAAGUUACUAAAUUGUGUUCAGUUUUCUUUCCAUUUGACUGAUAAUUUAUAUUCUUUGACGGGCACCCUUUGAACCUUAAUCAGAAGCUACCUAGUACAUGUGCAAGAGAGAACAAGCAUCAACAUUUUUUUUUUUUUAGGUCAUCGUACAGAACUCAUGGAUUCUGCCUAUUGAGUGACGGGAAAGGUUCAGUUCAAGAAAUCACUCUCAGUACUUUUUUUGCAUCGUACCGCUUCACAUCUUUUUUUGAAGUUGACAUUCCAAGUUAAAUAAUUUCAUUAUUUUUAUAUGCAUUUAUGGAUGUGUGUAAUUGGAUUCUGCUUUUCUUGAUCACUUUUGAUACAAGAACUGUUGCACAUUUCUAGUCAUGCUUUUUCUUGUUUGUUAUGUUACCCUUUGAGAGAAUUUUCUCUUUGCUCUAUGCUUUGUCUAUUUAUAAGAGCAUUUAUUUUAAUUUCUUGACCAUUAACUUUUAGCAUGGGUAGCAAUGCCAUUGGUGUUACUGCUUUAUUAGAAACUUGCAUUUUUGUUGAGUGCUUCUGCUCGGUUGGGAGGGCGGUGCUCAUUUAAAAAAAGCCUGCCAUUUGGCCUAUGAUUUAAUGUUAGAACUGUCCUAUAGAAGCAAUCAAUGAAUCAUUGUACCAUUUUGCGGUUGUGUUUUGUAGCUUGUAGCUUUUUAGUUGCAAAUGUGUCUUGUUCUACAUUAUGUGCACAUUGUGCUGUUCUGGCUUUGCAGUGGCGGGAGGGUAUGACUUGUGCAGUACUGCUUUUGGUCACUGUGCAAGCAUUCUUGGUUAAAUAAACGUGUAUUAAGUGAUGCCUGCA